AUGACUUAUGAAGAUUUCUGCAAGAGGCACGAAAAGCUCUUAUCACCCCAGACACAUGGCAAACUGGCUGUGUCGAGCAGCAAUGCAGACAUUACUCACUACAGCUACGCCGCCAUCUUUGAAUUCCUGGAGACGAGAAAACAUUCUCAGAGUCCAGAUAAUCUUAAAACACUCUUCGAGUUUCGAGAGCGAUGUCAGAGCCUCAUCCACUUUUACAUUCCCGUUGAGGCUGAUGAUGCUUCGGCACCUCUGUCACAUUCUGCAACGAAGAUCGACCCUGAUGCUGUAGUCCUCUACUGGAGCCUGGUGCGAGCUAUUGUGCAGGUUGCGGUGAAUGAUGCAACGAAGAUUCCCAGUCUCAGUGCGACCAUCUUACACAUCAAGGAAAUACAGCGAUUAGCACAAGAGCUCCAUUUAGGCACAGAGUUAGCUUUCUCGGCUGACGCUAGACCAUCGACUUACUUUCUACCAAAUCGCGUUGUUCUUGAGACGAUUGUACUGUCUCUGGUUCAGGUGUUCGAUUUGCUGGCGACAACAUUGGUGAAGCUCAGCACACCAUCUGACGAUGGACUGUCGGUUGCCGAUGUUGCUAGUGCUGCUCAGAGAUCUCUGGCAGACGCAAAGGCACAGUUGAUUGUCGAAGCGGAUGACAUGAUACCCGAAAAGGGUUUGGGGAGUGUGGUCACAUCCGAGGCCAUCGUAAUCAUGCUGCUACAGCGUUUGAGCGCGGGCGUGUACAAUGAAGAGAAGAUCGAGAUUCUAGAACUCUACGAGCGGACGGUCGAGGAUAUUGCACUGAAACUUGACUCUGAGCAAGGGGCGAGCCGAAGGUUAUUGCUGAAGAUCAACAGCCUUGUCGAAGAACUCGAUAUCGUCCAUGAGGUCCUGCGCCAACAGAGCGCUAUCCUAAAGAUGUUCCGCUGGGCCCUCGAUCCGGCAUCAUUUGACCGAAGGAGUGUAAAUCGCCGAAUUAGCUUCGAGGAUGAAAGUAAGUGUAUUGAUAGAAUCAUCCAGGAAGUCAAGGGCAGGACACUUGAAUGCGAGGAACUCAAGGAGCGAGCAGAACGGCUUGCGGAACAGAAUGUGCAGUUGGUGGAGACGCAGCAAGACGACAACAGCAAAGCCAUCAUGGUCUUCACCAUUGUGACGGUGCUUUUUUUACCUCCGUCGUUUAUCAGCAGCUACUUUGGCAUGAAUCUGAAAGGAAUUGGUAACACGGAUUCAGGGCCUCGCCGCUUCUGGUGCAUUGCGGCUCCCUUGACAGCAGGGGUGACAUUGCUUUGUGUGCUGUUGGUCUAUUUCACUCCUAUCAAAAGAGAGUGGAAGAAGGGGCGAGACGUGCGAAAAGAAGGUGGCACAUAG